GGAAAAGUGGUGGAUUCUUUUUCUGAAGCGGAGACAUGCAGAGGGAAUUUUGCCAUGCGCCGUCUACAGGGAGAAUCUAUGCCCAAAUUUUGGACGUCAGUUUUUCUCAAUGGUGUGGUGCAUUUGCGCUUGUCGAUUAGGUCAAAAUGGUCGCCCCUCUCGUUAAACGCACCAUCAUCAAGAAGCGCACGAAGAAGUUUGUGCGCCAUCAAUCUGACCGUUACAAGAAAGUUGAUGAGUCAUGGAGGAAGCCUAAGGGUAUUGACAACCGUGUCCGGAGGCGAUUCAAGGGCCAGAUUGCUAUGCCCAAGAUUGGUUACGGAUCUAACUCCAAGACCCGUCACCUUCUGCCCAACGGAUUCAAGAAGUUCUUGGUCAACAACGUUCGCGACCUCGAGCUUCUGCUGAUGCACAACCGCGUGUUCGCCGCCGAGAUUGCGCACAACGUCUCGUCCAGGAAGCGAGUUGCCAUCGUUGAGCGUGCCGCCCAGUUGAACGUCAAGGUUACUAACGCCGCUGGCCGUCUGCGUACUGCUGAGAACGAAUAGAUGUUGCGAAUGAUGUCAACUCUUGUAUUUUCAUUUCACAAUAUCAAUCGCUUUGCCCUCGACAUCGAAUCUUUGUUUUAGAAAGGCGAUUAUGGCGGACCGGUUUGGCCUAUCGAUCCACUAAUUAACGGGUGGGUCACCGGAUUGUGGGAGAAGGG